AUGCAAUUUUUCUCUCUUACCAGCGUCCUUGCCUUCGCAUUUGUGGUUGGCCAGGCAUCCGCUGCCAACGUCGUUGCCACCGCCACUGAGUUCACCGUCGGCGACUCCAUUGCUUGCUCAACGUCUAUAUCCAACGUUGCAUCAGCUCUUGCGAGCGGAGAUUAUUGUGCCGUCUCUUCGGACAACCUCGAGUGUGGUCACUACGUUUUCUACAUCAAUCAAGCCACCCCAAGCGUAGGUUAUACCUGCAUCGCCGUCGACGUUGCACCUGACGGCGACUUUUACCUCUCUCCCAGCCAAUUCGAGGACUCUUCGCUUGGUGCUUCAUCAUUCACUGCUACCUAUGUUGUCUCGCCCUCGGAUUAG